AAUAUGGCGGUCAGUUCGAAAAACAGAUUAGUGCAGAAACACUGUCGUAUAGAUAUGUAAUUUCUUAAUACAGAAGUUUAAGAGCAACUGAAACAUGCAAUGGGAACUGAAAAGGACGCCUGUUUCUUCUGAUUCUAUCAAAAUGUACUAGGCUCGGGCUUGGAUAUAGAAGGGAGGUUGAAUUUUGGAGGUUACAAAUUUAUGUACAAAAUCAUACAUAAUUUGACAACUAUGGAUGAGUUGGUGGAAAAAGCACAGAUCUUCCUGGAUAUACUUAAAUCUGCACGGGGAACAGGUGCUGCUGACUGGACCAGGGAGGACCUGGAGAGAGCGUAUGGUUGGGCCAGGUACUUUGAACAGGCCUAUGCCACGGUUACAUCAAAACCUCAAAUAGCUGAGAGACUUGACAGGAAGCUAAAAGUGCUGGCCAGCACUGAAGCAUCACCACUGGGGCAUCAGCAGUUUUCUCUUCAACUUCUUGGAGAUGCCAAACAAUUUGUGGAUCAAGCUUUAAUGCAAAACUCCCAUCUUCCUCCAAUGCUGUACUCUGUAGUCUUACAAAGAUGUGGACAGAGCCAAACACAGGAUGCUGUUGCCUUCUCCCAGCUUCAGUCUGCAGUACAGCUUGUUGGCCACAUGAGAGAGCUGUUAAACACGAACCACAACAAUUUGUUCCAUUCAGGUCCUGCCAAUGAUUGCUGCCAGGGCCGGGACAUCCAAGUUGAGACAGAUGCCUCACUUCUCCUCCAGUUCAUAAACCUACAUCUUGCAGAAAGUGCACAGACACAAAGAACGAAACAAGCCAUUGGUAGAAAACUGCAGGAAAUUGUUCUACACCAGCAAGGAUGGGAGACAGUCUUAACUGCAAUGGUCCUGAGUGUGGAAACACAUGAAACAACGUCAGCUGGACCCAAUAUAGAUGUAGAAUCCAACCCAAUCAGCAAGUUCUUACUCCAGUGGGUGUUACAACAAACAGGACAUAACAGGUUCAUGUUUCAGGUGCAGACUUCAUUACUGGUGAAGGUGGCUGCUAUCUACUUCAGUUUCUACAAGGCAUAUCUGUCAUAUCUAGUGGAGUGGGGGAAGGACAUGGUGGUGAUGGAACAGGCACAGCAGGGCAGAACCUGGAGACAUAGGACUGGGGAAGACCAGUACUCGUUUGACCAGCUUCUGUCUCAUGUGUUAGGUCUACUGCAAGGCCCUCCACACGUGGCAACAGCAACUCUGAAGUCUCUCCAGUCCCUCCCUGCACCUGGAACCAGCCCCACCAACCGUUCCAUCUGGGAGGAGAUACUCCAAACACCUCAGAUCAUUUCCAUUAUUCAGACCAAAAACUUACAGGAAUAAAGAUGCUGUCUUCAACUUGACAUUAAAGCACCUAUCUCAACAAUCAAUCUGUACCAUAAGCAAAAUGCCACAGUUACAUGCAUUGAUUAUGCACUUAAAACAAACUUCUAUUUUUCAAGUCAAUUGUAUCUAUCUACUGUAAACGUCUUGUACAGAAAAAGUAUUCUUGACUACAUGAAUGCACAGAAUAAAAACUGCAGUUACGGGUAACUUUAGGGUAAUUUAUUUCAAGACAAGGAAAUGUAUUACAGGGAAAAACAUGAUGGUUCAAUUGAAAAGUCUGGUAAUGUUUCAUAGUUCCUUUUUCUUCCCAGUUAUGUUUACUAUGAAUCUUUGGUGAAAGUAUAAUAGUUAGGAAUUUGUUGACCAGUUACACAGUAAUGCCACAACCAUUGCUUACAUGUACUCAACAAGCAGCACUCUCGGAUUAUUUAUUUGCUUUUGUAUUCAAGAUGGUACAGUAGUUGGCUAUGUUGGGGUUUCUGUAGUACCUAUAUGGUACGUCCAUACUGGUGGGAGAUAGUCCUUCAAAUAAACAUGUGUAUAAUGUCAAUACAUAUACAACUUUACCUGGCAACUCUAGGUUUAAACAUCCAGCAUGGCCGACUAUGCUUAUGUCACAGUGCAAACACCCCAUAUGUCUGUUAUGGCUGUUCUUCCUUGCCUUUGAAAGCUACAAUCAUAGAUGGGAAGAUUUCUUA